ACCAAAACCAAACAUUAAAUAUGGUGGCAUUAUUGCUUUCUCUUCCGACUCUUGAUGACCUCUCAUCAAUUCCUUUCCAUGGAUAACGCCUCUUCAUUAUACAAACUCCCACAGAAGUACGAUGUGCUGAUCAACUUUACUGGAGAAGAAAUCCACACAAAAUUUGUUUCUCACCUCAAUUCUGCCCUCUCUACUGUUGGUCUUUCCACUUACCUUCACCACCACAAUGCUGUGAAAUCAACUCACAUCCAAAAAGCUACUCUCAACUUCUGUCGGGUAGCAAUUGUUGUUUUCACCCAACCUAUUCUCAAUCUUCUUGGUGUCUUAAUCAGCUUCAACAAAUCAUCAAAGGCCAUGAAACUUACUCCCGACAUGUUCUACCCGUAUACUACGAAAUCCAGGCAUCUGAUGUACGUCUUCAAAAGGGUGAUUUUGGAAAAGCCUUCAAAGCAACUGCGCACCAAACAUUUUCAGGACAAGAACUGGAGCAUGGCAUGUCCAGGUGGAGUCAUGCACUCACCAAAGCUGCAAAUUUCUUUGGAUGGGAUGAGAGCAAUUACAGGAGUGAUGCUGAACUAGUGGACAAAAUUGUUCAAGGAGUUCUUAAUUUACCAGUCUUGUCUGCAACUAAAUUCCCAGUUGGAUUACAAUCCCACGUGGAAGAUCUGAUUCGAAUUAUAAAAAGUAAAUCCAUGACAGUUUGUAAAAUAGGGAUAUGUGGAGCGGGAGGAUCUGGUAAAACCACCCUUGCUAAAGCCAUCUACCAUCAAAUUCAAGGUACAUUCAGGAACAAAAGUUUCAUUGAAGAUGUUGGACAAGUUGGCGGAAUAAGAGGGGAUAUUCAUGUACAAGAAAAACUUCUUUUAGAUAUUCUGAAAACAAAGGUGAAGAUUCCUAGCGAUGAUGUGGGAAGAACUAUGAUUUGGGAAAGACUUUAUGGGAAAAGGGUGCUCAUUGUUGUUGAUGAUGUGCCUAACUAUUUUGAAAUUUUAGCACUACGAAAUUGUAGUCGUUGGUUCAGUGGAGGAUCUGUAAUAAUGUUUACAGUAAGAGAUGAAAGCCUACUGAAGCAUUAUUUACUUGAUUCUGUAUAUCGGAUAGAGCUAAUGAACGCAAACAAGUCCCUUGAGCUUCUUAGUUGGCAUGCAUUUAGAGAAGCAAAACCAAAAGAAGAAUACAAUGACCUUGCAAAAGCAGUAGUUGCUUAUUGCGGAGGAUUACCUCUGGCUCUUGAAGUCAUUGGAAAUAGUUUAUUUGAAAGGACGAAAGAAAAAUGGAAUACUGUUUUAUUUGAAUUAAAGAAAAUUCCUCCGCACAAUGUUAUAGAGAAAUUGAAAAUAAGCUUCAAUGGUUUACGCAAUGAGAUGGAAAAAGAAUUUUUCCUUGAUGUAUGUUGUUUCUUUAUUGGCAAGGGCAUAGCCUAUGCUACGAAGAUCCUAAAUGGUUGUGGAGUAGACGUUGAUACUGGAAUAAGAGUUCUCAUAGAACGUGGCCUCAUAAAAGUUAAGAACAACAAAUUUGGAAUGCAUCCUUUGCUACGAGAAAUGGGAAGAGAAAUUAUUUGCGAAAUUUCAGGAAAGGAAUCUGGGAAGAACAGUGAACUGUGGUUUGAUAAGGAUGUAGAAUAUGCACUACCGGAUAAUACUCUCUUUUCAUCAAAACAAACAAAAGUCAUUCAGAGAUUGCCUGUGAAAAUGGUUUUAACCACAAAAGAUUUCUUCGAACCUUAUCUAAGUGACCGACAGCUGAAACUCGCUGAAAAUCCUGAAUACCUUUCUCAGAAACUGAGAUGGAUCACUUGGCAAGGGUUUUCUUCAGAAUACCUACCUAACGACUUUUAUUUGCAUGACGCAAUUGCGGUUGAUUUAAAACACAGUCUUCUUCGACUUGUCUGGAAAGAACCCCAGGUUUUGAGGUCUCUAAAAUUCCUUAACCUUAGCCACUCCAUGCACUUGACAGAAACACCUGACUUUUCAGGACUACCAACUCUUGAACACCUCAUUCUAAAAGAUUGUCCGAGAUUGUGCAAAGUACACCAAUCUAUUGGAUGUCUACGUAAUCUUAUACUGCUAAAUUUGAAGGACUGUGAAUGUUUAAACAAUCUCCCCCGUGAGAUAUAUAAGUUGAAAUCUUCAAGAACUUUCAUUCUCUCUGGUUGUUCCAUAAUUGACCUAAUGGAAAAAGAUACAGUGCGAAUGAAAUCCUUGAUAACUGUAAUUACAGAAAAUACAGUUGUGAAAGAAGUGCCUUUUUCAAUGGUAAGCUCAAAACGCAUUGGAUAUAUAUCUCUACGUGGAUUGGAGGGAUUGUCACAUAAUAUUUUUCCUUCUAUCAUUCGGUCUUGGAUGUCGCCAACAAUGAAUUCCAUAUCUUAUGUUCAUUCGUUUUGCAUGGAUAUGGAGGAUAAUAGUUGGGAUGAUAUUGUGCCAUUGCUUAGCUCCCUUAAAAAUCUUAGAAGUAUUCUUGUGCAAUGUGACACCGAGUUUCAACUAUCUUUGCAAUUGGAAACUAUUUUGGCUGAAUAUGGUGUAAAUAUUAUAGAAUCAGGAAUUUCAAAGCAGCACUUCAGGUCUUCUUUGAUUGGUGUUGGAAGAUACAAUGAAUUCUUCAGCACUGUCAGCGAUAGCAUAUCUGAGGUAUUAGUAAGUAGUGAGUCUUGUGAUGUUUCUCUCGCAGCUGUCAACAAUUGUUUGGCGCAUAUGGGUGAGGGACACUCUGUUUCUUUCACUGUUCCUCGAGAUCGUAACUUGAAGGGAAUGGCUUUUUGUGUUGUUUAUUUAUCAACUCCUAAAAUCAUUGAACCUGAAUUUACUACUGUCGUAAUUGUUAAUUACACAAAGUGUACAUGCCACAUACACAACCAUGGCACAAUAAUUUCCUUUAGUGAUGAAGACUGGCGUGGAAUAAUGUCAAAUUUAGAAUAUGGAGACAAGGUGGAGAUUUUUGUGACUUUUGGUCAUGGAUUGGUGCUCAAGAACACAGUUGUCUAUCUGAUAUGUGGUAAAUCACAUAACUUGAAAAAAGAGCCUGAGUCAAAGAAAAAUUGUCUCAUUAGAUUCAUAAAGAAAGUUGUAAUGUGUGACUUCUGGUAAUCCUAAUGUCCUUGAUUGCUACUUAUUUUCCCCUAUCCAUUGCUUGUUUCUCUUUAGAGUAUAGCUUGUAGUUAAGUAAUUGAUGUAUAGUUUACCCUGUUUCUCAAUAAUCGCAAUGUGGUUCUUUGGAUUUACUUAAGCUGUUAA